AUGUCUUUACCAUUCCAUGACAUUUCAUUCUCCUUUGAUUGUGAAAGUGUACACAAUUCCGAGACUCAUGGCCAUAUGAAUCUGUACACUCACCUAAAAACAAGUAAAUUCGAUACAAAUCAAUCAAAUUCUCUACAGGGAUGGUGUUCUCCUAUUCAACAACAAGAAUUAUUGCACCUCAUCAGGAGUAAAUUGGGAAUUACUCGUAAUUGUAACUUAUCUUUGGUUUUUUCAUGUGACGAGAAUAGACCAUUCGAUUAUUCACACUUCCACAAUGUUCAAGCCAAAUACAAUCAACCAAAUCUGAUAUUAUUCGAAACAAAUAGUGGAUCAAUAUUUGGAGGAUUUACCAGUAAAGCUUGGGUAAGACAACGAUCAGACGUGGAGAAUGUUAGAGAUGAGCAUGCCUUUUUAUUUUCCAUCAACUUGAAUCUUAUCAGUGAUUCUCCCUCAUCAUCAGUACAGAGCAUCACCAAUGAAUCAUGUGAACAAUCCAACUUGCACAUUUAUGGAUUGGCUCAUUUCCAACAAAAAGUUGCCAUUACAAUUCUCGAUGAUGAUAAGUAUGGUGGAAUAAUGUUUGGCAGAGAUACUCUCUUCAUAUCGAAUGAUUGUACCAAUCCUAACAAGGAUUCAUGCUCCCUCUAUAUUGAUUCCAGAGAAGCUACCUACUGUAGAGGAGAUGAUGUUAUUGAACUGGAGAAUUUCUACAUUAAGAAACUUUCUUUCUAUCACAUUAAAUAA